ACAAUACAUCAAAUUAGGAAAGUGACUGGAAGUCAUCUUCCUCGGUGCUUUGCUCAAACAUUGUUGGUGGCUUGUCAAUUUGCUCUCAUGGUUGCACUACGUUUCCUCAUGUAACAGCUUGCUGCUCCACCAUUAAUGAAGCUUAUCAACUCAACUCGGCUGUGAUAGAUCGAUUCACAGUGAAUAAGAAGAUGUCUUGGAAAAGCAAUAGUGGGGAUCUGAAUGGUGGGCGAUUGUUGCGUGACAUUGAAGAAAUUAGUAAAGCUCUUUAUGUACAUAAAACCCCUCAGAAGGCUUUAACUUUUCAAGCAGAUAAUGGGCAUGAUUCCGUUGGUGAUACCCAUGUCUCCAAAUCCAGUUCCAAUAUUGCUGAUGACAUGCUGCAUAAUAAGAAGAAAUCAUCAAUAUGGAGUUGGAAGCCAUUAAAGGUUCUAACUCAUAUCCUCCAUCGACGGUUCAGUUGUUGUUUCUUUCUUCAUGUUCAUUCCAUAAAAGGAUUGCCCGUCAAUUUCAAGGACCUUUCUUUGUGUGUAAAUUGGAAACGCAAGGGUGAAGUGAUGAGUACUCGCCCUGCUCAGAUUUGUCAGGGAACAGCUGAGUUUGAAGAGACUUUGAUGCAUUCCAGUUCUGUAUAUGGAAGUAGGACCGGACACCAGCAUUCAGCAAAGUAUGAGCCCAAAUAUUUCCUGCUUUAUGUUUCUGUGAUUGGGGCUCCAGCCCUUGAUAUUGGCAAACAUUGUGUUGAUCUUACGAGGUUGCUUCCAAUUACCAUGGAGGAGUUAGAGGAGGGAAGAAGGAAUUCAGGGAAAUGGACCACGAGCUUCAAGCUUUCAGGAAAGGCUAAAGGUGCAAUUUUGAAUGUUAGUUUCGGGUUCACUGUAUCAGGGAGUAACUCGAUUGAACCUAGCCCAUUCGUGCGAGGCAUCAAACCUGCUGCAAUAGAUCAUUUGUCAGAACGUGAUGGGGCUAGUGCUAAUAGAAGUCUUCGGCGGGUUGGAAGCGUCCCCCGUGAGCCUGCUGGUAUGGCUCAUUCUUCAUCUAGGUCCCAAGAUGCAAGAAGUUUUGAUGAAGUUUUAUCAAACCAAAAAUCAGAACUUUCUCUCUCUAUUAGCUUUCUGUAUAAAAAACUUGAGGACGGAAAAUUGGGUAAAUUGGAUGAUAUGGAUUUCUUUUUUGAAUACUUAGCGCCCUUAAAACCUAACUCUGGCGCUUUGUCACAGUUUUCUGCUGAAAAUACCAUAGAUGAUCAACAUAUUGAGUUUUCUGUCAGUGAGCUGGGCAUAGAAUCUUCUACGAAAGAGCAGGUGAGACCAGAAGUAUGUUCUUAUGAAAAUUGUGAUGAUACUCAAAUAGAAACUGCUGAUGUUGCAUACAUUUUGGAGGAAAGAAGUAAUGAGAAAAGUGAAUACAAGCAAAAGUGUGAAAGCAAUGAUGUCUACGAAGGAGAAUAUACAAUGAAAAGCAGCAAUUAUGAGGAGAGUGAUGUAUGCAAGGAUGAAAUGUUUGAAGAGCUCGAGUCGGUUUUCCUUGACCUGUUGACUGCUGAGUCUGCAGAGUUGGAUUCACCAGUAGAAAUGUAUGAUUCCAUUGACCAAGAAAACUACAUGAAUCUGAAGUCCAGCUAUAAAUCCAGUAGGCGGGUGAAAUCACUUAGCCUAGAUGAUGUGACAGAGUCUGUGGCAAAUGAUUUUCUGGAAAUGUUGAACAUUGAGCAGACCUCAGUUGACUUGAGUUCGGAUAGCUGUCUGGUUUCGCCAAGAGAAUGCCUUGUGAGACAGUUUGAGAAGGAAACCCUUUCUUCUGGAAACUCAAGUUUUGAUUUUGAUGCAACAGACAAUCAAGUGGAAUUCGGUGGCAUUGCUUCAAGUGUUCAUGGAAAAGUUGCAUGUUCUGAUGACUUUGAUCUGUCAUCAGUUAUUAAGGAUUUUGAGAAGGAGCAUAAGAGAGGUACCCAGUCAUUGAGGAGUAAAAGGAAUGCAAAAAUGAUAGAGAACUUGGAAACUGAGGCUUUAAUGCAAGAUUGGGGUUUGAAUGAGAAAGCAUUCCAGAAUUCACCACGCAUCAGCUUUGGUGGGUUUGGAAGUCCAAUCUAUCUUUCCCCUGAAAGACCAUUAAAAUUUCCUCCUAUUGGAGAGGGCCUAGGUUCUAAAAUGUGCACGCGUAAUGGGGGCUUCUUAUGUUCAAUGAGUCCUCAACUUUUUCGGAAUGCAAGGAAUGGUGCAAGAUUGAUCAUGCAAUUUGCUAGUCCAGUGGUGCUCCCUGCUACUAUGGGUACUUGUAGCGUUAUGGAAAUACUCAGCGGCUGGGCAUCUGGUGGAAUUUCCAAAAUGUCUGCUCAGGCAGAUAAGCUGAUGCCUUUAGAAGAUAUCACUGGGAGGAAUAUACAAGAAAUAGCCUGGGAAGCCAGAUCCAGACUUGAACGAGAUGAGAGGUUCACUUUUUGGCAUGGGUUGUUAGGUAUGAAGAAGGGCAGUGAAGAUCUGCUGUUUCAUCAGAGUUCUGGUCAUCUCAAUUCAACCUCAACAAUUGAUAAUGUAGAUUUAGGUUUUGUGUUUAUGGAGGAUCUAGCUCCUUUGGCAAUGGAUAAGAUAGAAUCUCUUACAAUAGAGGGGUUGAGAAUCCAGUCAAACUUGUCAGAUAAUGAAGCACCUUCAAGCAUUAGGCCUCAAUUUAGUGAAGUUCUUAGUUCUUAUACAGCUGGUGCAUCAAAACAUUGGUGUGGCAAAGAAAGUGAUGAUGAUGAGGGUGCUUUAGUGGAGCUGUCUGUUUCACUAGAUGAAUGGUUGAGGCUGGAUGCUGGAGAUUUCAGUAAUAAUCCUGAUGAGACCAAGGAAAGAAUUACCAAAAUCUUAGCAGCCCAUUGUGCUAAGUCUGUUGAUUUAGAUAGCUCAGGAUUGGAAACAGGUGAAGAAAGGCCGGAACUGUGUAACAACUUGACGUUAGCUCUGAGGGUUCAACUCAGAGAUCCUCUGCGUGACUAUGAGAUGGUUGGCAUCUCCAUGCUCAUUCUGAUUCAAUUAGAUAGGUCCUAUGCUCCUGUUGAACAAAACACAUGCGGCAGAGCAUCAGAAAGAAAUUCAAGCAGUGAAAAUGAUCCGAAGGAGCAAUCCAUUCAGGAAGAAAUUAUUGCUGGAGAAAGUGAGGGUGGAAUCCAUAGGCAGGCUGUUUCUCAGUUUAAGAUCACUGAAAUUCAUGUUGCAGGUUUUAAUAAUGGGCUUAAUGAUGACCAAAUUUGGGGCACAAAAAGUCAGCAACAAGCUGGGUCGCGGUGGUUGCUAUCAAGUGGCACGGGGAGGACAAGCAAACGUCCAUUCUCCAAGUCAAACGCCAUCAUAAGAUCAUCCUCACAGUUGAGGAGAAAUAUGCUGCCUAGAGAUGUUUUGUGGAGCAUUUCAUCGGAUUUUCAUACCAGAGAUUCCAAGUUGGCUGCAUCAAAUGCUCAUACACGAAAUGCUGAUAUUAUUUUUCCAACUGAAGGCUGUCCAAAUCUCAGUCAGUUGGAAAUCAAGUUAUAACACCCUAUUUCUAGGCACUGUAUAUUUUCCCCAUUUUGUAUAUGAAGGGAAGAGAUUAAUCGCUCAAUCAUGCUUAUGUAAAAUAGCUAAACAUAGUUUCAUUGCAUAGCAUAAUCUCUAAGCUAUUUCUCUCUAGUAAUGAUAGAUUGACAGUUAACAUU